AUGGAGGUCUACCAUGAACCACGACCUCCCAAGUAUCGCGUGACGCCUGACCUAUGGCGGAACCAAGAUCCCCCAGGUAGAACAAAGCUAAAUACCUGUAUCAAAGCAACGCGAGUGCUUGAAAUGAUACUUGAAGAUCUGGGAGACGAACUUCGGCACCCAGACAUUGCAGCCCAAGUAGUCCAGGAUGCUGCCGACCUUAUCACCCUUAUAUCUUAUCUCUUCUAUGAGCCACUACUCAAUGUUCGGGCUGCCGUGGAGAGAUGGUCUGUACCUGACGACUUGAAAUAUGAAGUAUAUCCUGCGUACAUGGAAGCCCUGGACAGGCUGUAUCGGUGUUUGAAUAAUGCGAUCGAAUUCGUCUAUCGUGCAUUGGGCAGCCACCCAGCCAUUACAGCAAUGAUUCAGAAAGUUUAUGCCUUCUCAGCAUCAGAGGACGAUGAGUCACUCGAGAUCUCUGCCAUCUGUCCCUUUGAGCUGCUUCUAAGAGUCGUAACGGCUCGUGAGAGAUGGGCUAACCAUGAGGCACUCUUUAAAGCAUACAAGAAGCUCAAAAUAAAUGACGCUAUUAUUGAGAAGAUAUGCAUUCCCCAAUCUGGUUUUGCUUGUCUAGGCAUGACAGUAAAUGGAGAUCCAAUAUGCGUCUUGGCAUUUUCAGCAGACUAUUGGACAGGCUACAAAGAAAUGGACACUUUCGUCAGGGAGCUUCGCGACAGCCGCCGUCAUGCUUUUGACGGAGUACAGCGGCAGCAAAUUGUCGAAUGGAGCAGCGCCCUUGGGGACAGGUACCGGGAGGGGAUGACUCCACUCAGCCUCAUCGCAAACCCCCCUGGCCAUUUCACUCACGAAGACUACGUCGCCUCACCCUUUCGUUGUGACACUUUCAAGCCCAGGGAUCGAUGCACUCGCUGUCAAGCACUGUUCAAAUACGAGGUCAUCGAGGUCGUUCGGAAUCUGGAGGCAGCCAAAAAUCAGCGAAACAAGCACAGGAGACCAAACCAGAACUGGAGCUGCGCGGAGGUUUAUGCACACUUCUUUUGUCAGGAGCUGAGCGAGAAUGGACACUCGCCAUGUGAAAUGCAUUGA